GAAAAGGAGCAGACUGAGAGGGAACACAAACAGGUGAAGCUGGUUUGCUUUGAUUGUUUGCCUGCUGCUUUCUGCCUGUGAGGGUCCAGUCUGAGAAAGGAGCCAUGGCUGUUAACAAGUGUGUCAAAUAUCUGCUGUUUCUCUUCAACCUGCUGUUCUGGAUCUGCGGCUGCAUCAUCCUGGGAGUUGGGAUCUACCUGAAAGUCAGCAAAGAGGGAAACUCUAUUACAGAACAAUAUCUUCCUAGCUUUGAGCUAAUGAUCGCCAUCGGGGUGAUCAUCAUGGUGCUUGGCUUCCUGGGCUGCUGUGGAGCUUCCAGAGAGAACCGCUGCAUGCUGCUAGUGUUCUUCGUCCUUCUGUUGAUCAUCUUCGCCCUGCUGUUGGCUGCGGGCAUCCUGGCAGCUGUCGAGGAGGGCAAGGUGAGAGGAUGGGUGGAGGAAAAGCUGAAGAAGCUUGAGCCACUUACAGAUCAGCCACAAAAUGUUAAAGAUGACCUUGAGAAACUGCAGGCGGAGUUGAAAUGCUGUGGACUCACCAAGGGACCAUCAGAAUGGAAACCGCCCCCACCAUCCUGCCGCUGCAACGCCACUGCGACUGCAGCUGACAAGUGCAGCGCUGGCAUCUAUCAGGAACCCUGCAUCGACAAGAUCAUCGGCUACAUGAAGAAUCACAUGGAGGUGUCGUUGGGAAUAGCCUUCGCCAUCGCCAUUAUUCUGAUCUUCGGCAUGGUCUUCUCCUUGCUUCUCUUCUGUCAGAUUGGGAAGAAAGCCGGCAACACUGUUUAAAACGCUGCUGAUCAGCCUGUUCCUUCUAAAGACUUCACAUAACUUCUACCACACAUCAGAGCCAGUUGUAAGCUUUUAUUGUGAAGGCGCACACCAAUAUAUCACCCAGUAUAUUUGUAGGUAAGAGUCCAAAAGUGGCAGAUAAAAUACAUAUAUAUAUUUUUUUUUUUGUUACAAAACUAAGCUCUUAUGUGAACUUAUCUUAAUGAGGAAAUUAUUAGAGUUUAAUAUAAUUUAAAUGGCUGCCUCCAAAGCUUUUAUUGUGGCGAUGCUGCCUGUGGCACAUAACUACAGUAGUCGUGAAACUUUAAACCUUAUAUUUUAUUUUUCGGCAUCUAUAAUUGAAUUAUAUUUCUAACAAUAUUUGGACAUGUAGAAAUUAAAAAUAUAUUUGAAGCCUCAAACUUUAGGUAAAUAACAUGAGGUUCAGGAAAAUUAAUUAGUUGAAAAAUAUCCCAGAUCUCAUAAAUUCUCAACUUUUUUUUUUUUUUUUUUUUAAACCAGGUUUCCGCGUUAUCUUUGUGGUUACAUUUAAAAGAUUUCUCAGGAAGUUGUACUGUUUUAAACAUAUUGUAUAGAAUGUCUUUUGCUCUGCCUCAUUAGUAUGGAUGAAACUCAAAAAAUGCUGUUUAUUUUUAAUGGCUACUUUUGUUACUGCUUUUAAUUAAUCAAAACCUGUUUUCUUUUUUCCAUUUGAGAAAUAAAAUUGACUUGAAUCCCA